AUGCUUUGCGAACCUGUUCCGAGGAAUGAAGAAGAAGCCAUGCGUCGGAACGAGCACGUUAAGGCUCGCGCGAUGGAGCUCGGUAGAGGCAUCGUCAAAUGCCUUUUGUACCCAGUUCAGGGGAAUCAGUCUGUACUGGUGGAUGUGGCUUUGGAGGAAGGCUCGGGGCCCAAACCAAGGCUGAUCGACCUUAUGGUCCCGAGCUACAUGCACAAAAAUGGGGAAAGCAACGAACAAGUGGUGGUACUAGAUCGGUCGACUAUCCGACUGGAACGCCUAACACGCGAGAGUAUAUUGGUGUUCAAAUACGCCUACACAGUGUUCUACAGUAGACGGGACGAACACUGGGGAUAUCGGUCUCCUAACGAGACCCUUAAUAGAUUGGCAGGACGUGAUUUGAAAUGUUGGGGCAACGUACUGGUGUGCAAAUCAGGGCGGCAAAGCGAUACACUCGACGACAUGACGGAGAGCGAGCGUGGCCUAAUAGAUCGCGUGUUAACAGAGGAGAUUUGGUCGCACCGACUGGACCAAUCGGGAUGGCAACCAAAUCGGUAG